AAAUUGAUAAUGAAUUGUUAAAUGAAGUAGCACAGCUUUUUACAAAUACGAUUGCAUGGUCACCAAAAUCAGCUACUGAAAAAUUGCAAGAGUACUUUAAUAAUAAAUGUGAAGAUGUGAUUCGUGGAUUUGAAAACCUACAUAUUUAUAUUCAAUUUAUCGAGCAAGAACUAAAAAUGACCACAGUAUUUCUACUAAUUCGUGAAAUAUUUUUGCAAAAUAUAAUAGAUGAUAAAUGUUUUAGAGGAGAAGUUCAAUCUUUAGCAACAAAUAAAGCUCGUAAUGAGUCAAAUAAUCCUUUUUAA